AUGAUAUUUUUAUUUAUUACACAAACACAAGCACAAACGGAAAAUAUUCGAUCAUUUAAAAUGAACUUCUAUCCGGAACAAAGAUUGAAAUGUGAAACAACAACUUGUUUACCAUUUCUAAAAACAGUUACAUUAAAUAUACGCCAAUGUCAAUUCAAAUGUCUAGAACAAAUUCAAUGUACUGUAAUUAAUUUUCAAAAAAUUAAUUUUACUUGUCAAUUAUUUCAUAUAAACAAUAUUCUGAAUUUAAAUAAUUAUCUGGAAAGUUAUUUACAAACUAGUACAAUGAUUGUUACAUAUGAUUAUAGAAUAUCAUCAGAGCCUAUCAGCACUUCAAGAACUACAACAAUAACAUCAUCAACAUCAACCAAUACAAUUAAUUCACGGAAUUGUUCUAAUAUGACUGUUCUACUUGGACGUAAUAUACCUCGUGGUGAUAUAAUAUCUCAAUCAUCAAUGACUUUUACACAGUGUUGCAAUUUAUGUUUAUCAACCAUAAAUUGUCGUGGAUUUUCUUGGAUUUGGUCAAAUCAUACUAAUCCAGGUUCGAGAAAUCAAUGUUGGAUCAAAGCCAAUAUAACAUCUUUCGAAAGUGAUUCUAUUGACAGUGCUUAUUUUCCAGUUUAA